AAUUGUGGAAGAACGAGAAAGCGUGCGCAUGUGAGAGAGACUCAGAGACUACUAGAGAGAGAGAGAGGGAUAUAGUGAGAGAGUGAGAGAGACAGACAGACAGAGAGAGAAGGCUGAAGCACAGAGAGUGAAGUAAAUAAAGAAAGACAGUAGUGGCGCAGUGCUUCUCUGUCUACUGUAGAUGUACAAUUCUGUUGUCUGUGGAGACCAGUGUGAUACCAGGACUAUACAUUUGCUAUCUCACCCAAUUGUCUCCUAUCAGCUGGAUUUACUCAGAAAAGGACAUCAAUGACCAUUGGACCAUUUACUUGUUCACAAUAUUGCAGGCACUAAAGGUGGACUUUUAACAAGUGCAGUGACAAUGCAGGAGCAUCUCUCAGUCCAGCACAUGGGCACCAGGAGCACAAAGUUCUCCUAGUAGUGAGGUUUGUCCUGGGCCUCGUCCAAACUACCAUGCCUGACCUCCUGGCCAACCUGAGUGUUCCAUGGGGCACACAGGCGAUUGUGAGCCCCAACCUGACAGCAGCUGCCCUGGUUGUGCCGGGGUCAGACAAGACUCUGGCCCCCUUCUGCACCUUCUGCUGCUGUGGCCUGCUGAACCGUACCCUGGCUGUGGUGUUUAUGGUCAGUCUGGCCUUCGCCAUAGUGGUGGGCAACGUGGUCACGCUCACCGUCUUCAUGCAGACAAGACAGGUCCGUACACCACAGGGAUACCUCAAAGUCUCUCUGGCCAUAGCGGACAUGAUGGUUGGAGUGCUGGUGGUUCCUUUCUCUGUCUACACUGAGAUCUCUCUGAUGGUGACCAGUUCCCCUCCUGUCUGGUACCAGGGGGGCACUGACCCCUCCAUGGGGGGCCUGGUGGGCCCCUGGCAGCCCUGCAUGCUGAUUGGUCCAGUCUUCGCCGGCUGUACAUUUGUCUCCAUCAGUACUAUUUUCCUGAUGACGGUAGAGCGCUGUGUAGCCAUCUUAUGGCCACUUCAUAAGGACCACCUGGUGACACGGAGACGUACCCUGUUUCUCAUCCUCUUCUCCUGGGCAGGCAGUUUCCUCCUGGCCCUGGCCCCCCUCAUCCUCAGUAACAACUUCACACUGGAGUACAGUGAGUGCAGCCGGAUGUGUAACUACGUCCCCCUGUGGGAUGGAGUCACGCUGCCCUCUGACGCCAACAUCCUCCUGCUGUUCCCUGUGUUUGACUUCACGCUGCUGGGCGGCACCCUGGUAUUCAACAUCCUGUCCUUCACCAGCAUUCGCCACUACACACGCAAACGUAAGCUCAUGUCAGAGGGGAAUGUAGGGGUCGAGGGAGGGGGAGGCGGCUGCCAACAUAGACCCUCCUUCUCUGACAUCAAGGCUGCCAAGACAAUCAGCAUUCUGACGUUUGCCUUCACGGCUUCCUUCACCCCCAUCGCUGUGUUUGUGCUGGGCAACGUGGUGGGCUUCACCUGGUGCAACUUCUCCUUUGUAGCCUUCUGGAUCCUGACUGGGAACAGCUGCUGUAAUGUGAUAAUAUACAGCGUGAGAGACCAGCGCUUCAAGAAAGGAGUGACUCUGCUUUUUCAGAGGGAGCACUCACCUUCCCAUGGGGAGAAAGGCGGAGCUACACCACCCCCACCUACCUUGUGACUACACUCCAAAACCCCACCUCCUCUAUUUUGAAAAGACAACCAGUGCCCUUUCCUUUAACUUUACUAUGGAGAGAGGGAUUUAAUCGGCAUUUAACUUCAGGUAAAACAACAAAAAUACACAAUUAUGGAAAAUUUAUUGUUUCCAUUUUUUUCACUGUGUUUAAAUAAUGAUAAUAAUGUAGCUAACCUAUGCGGUAUCUAGUAGUUGCCAGUUAUUCCCAGCAUCAUUUAAAUCAUAUGACUCAAGCUGUCUCAUUGGACUAGGUGAGAUAUCUGUGGGGGAUAUCUUAAUAACAUGCACUUUAUCAUAGAGUUGUAAGUAAUGUAUGGUUUUCAUUUGUUUUGUGACAUGUUUUGUGACUAUCCUGAAAUGUGUUAAUUUUGCACAAUUUUCUCUAUAACAGCUUUUAUUUUUGCUAUAAUACCAUUAUAUUCAUGAGGAUGGCCUGAUCAAAUGUGAGUGAAUGAAAUGAAUCUAAAUGAAGAGUGAUGUUGAUUUUUUUAUAAAGUUAUGGGCAAAUCCACGGGUCCAUGAUCUGUACUACACAGAAAUGCAUAAUUAUGGAUAUGAAUGUCAUUCUCUUCAAGGUAAUGUAUCCUGAAUAGGUUCACAAAGGUUUACAUAUGCAAGAUCCUCUUUUGCAUAUUCAUGUAUUAUUCUACACACUGGAUAUUAUUUUAAUUAGCUCCGCCCCCAAACAAGACCAAAUGAAAUCUGAACCAAUCAUAGAUGUCUUUGUUUCACAAGUUUAGACAUCAAAGUACAGCAGAGCACAGUAGAGUACAAUACAGCACAGUAGAGUACAAUACAGCACAGUAGAGUACAAUA